AUGACGGUGGAUGAAGUGGUUAGUAGCUCCGAGUGGAGCAAAGAACAGGAUAAAGCAUUUGAAAAUGCCCUGGCAAUUCAUCCAGAAGAUGCUUCCGACAGAUGGGAAAAGAUUGCGGCUGAUGUACCAGGGAAAACCUUGGAAGAGAUUAAACACCACUACGAGGUCUUGGUUGAAGAUGUUAACCAGAUUGAAUCUGGUUGUGUACCUUUGCCAUCUUAUAAUUAUUCUUCGGAGGGUUCUGCAAGCCAUCCUAGUGAUGAAGGAGCUGGCAGGAAGGGAGGCAAUUCAUGGAAUAGUAAUAAUGAAUCAAAUCAUGGAAAUAAGGCUUCAAGAUCAGAUCAGGAACGACGAAAGGGUAUUGCAUGGACAGAGGAUGAACACAGGUUAUUUCUUCUUGGCUUGGAGAAGUAUGGAAAAGGUGACUGGCGAAGUAUAUCAAGGAACUUUGUAGUAACAAGAACACCAACACAAGUUGCAAGCCAUGCCCAGAAAUACUUCAUUCGUUUGAACUCGAUGAAUAAAGAUAGAAGGCGAUCCAGCAUACAUGAUAUCACCAGUGUCAACAAUGGAGAUGUUUCAGCACCUCAAGGACCAAUUACUGGUCAAACAAAUGGUUCUGCUGCAAACUCUGCUGGAAAAUCAACCAAACCAGCCCCUCAAACCCCAACUGCUGCCCCAAGUGUAGGAAUAUAUGCUGCUCCUACCAUUGGACAACCUAUAGGAGGACCCCUUGUAUCUGCAGUCGGCACCCCAGUGAACCUUCCUACCCCGGCACACAUGGCAUAUGGCCUCGGUGCCCCGGUUCCCGGGGCAGUUGUUCCUGGAGCACCAAUUAACUUGGGUCCUGUGCCAUACCCCAUGCCACACACAUCUGCUCACAGAUGA